AUGGCAUCGAACAUGGAUUCUCACACCACGAAUUCUCUUGCUACUAACGCUGGCGUCUCUAACGAGGAUGGAAGCACGAGCAGGAAGUUCCCAGAAUCGGGUUACUUGUCUUUGCAGUCAUAUGAUCCCCCGGAAUGGGCCUCUCAUUUAAACCCCCUGCCCAGCCAGUUCCUCACCCUCGCACAUCGCCCCACGCCCAUUCAUCGGUGGAACAUUCCAGAUCUCCCACCCGGCAUGGAGCUCUACAUAAAGAGGGAUGACCUCUCGGGAAUGGAGCUCAGCGGCAACAAGGUGCGCAAGCUGGAGUUCCUACUAGCGGACGCCCUCUCCAAGGGAGCAGACACGCUCAUCACUAUCGGAGGCAUCCAGAGCAAUCAUUGCCGCGCGACAGCUGUCGCCGCGCGAUUGGCCGGGCUCGAGGCGCACCUUAUCCUGAGGACCAGCCGGGCGCUAGCAGGCUCUGACCCAGGCCUGGAGGGCAACCUGCUGGUGGAACGCAUGGUGGGGGCGAGGGUGCAUCUAGUUUCCAAGGAGGAAUACGCCAAGCAUGGCAGCGAGCAUCUGGGGAAGGUGCUUGCCGAACGGCUAACAGCAGAGGGAAGAAAUCCCUACCUCAUCCCUGUUGGGGGGUCCAACGCUCUAGGCACCUGGGGGUACAUGGAGGCAGUGAGGGAGAUCGAGCAACAGCUGAGCACAGGAGAGGCGGGAGGUGCUUCAGGGUUUGACGACAUUGCCAUGGCGUGUGGCAGUGGAGGCACGUCAGCAGGGCUGGCGCUGGGAGUGCAUCUGAGCUCCCUUACUUCGCGGGUGCACGCUUACUCUGUGUGCGACUCUCCUGGUUAUUUCUACGACUACAUUCAAGGGUUGCUGGAUGGGGUCACGUCCACACCAGGGGCCGUUUCUUCAAAUGACCUGCUUCAAGUGAUUGAUGUGAAGGGUGCAGGCUACGCCAUAAGCACGGAGGAGGAGCUUCAGCUGGUGCAAUCAGUGGCUCAAAGCACCGGCAUAGUGCUCGACCCAGUAUACAGUGGCAAGGCCCUAAAGGGAUUGCUACAGGACAUGAGGCAGAAUCCAGACGAAUGGACUGGACGGCGAGUUUUGUUUGUACAUACGGGAGGGCUGCUGGGGAUGUACGACAAGGUUCAGCAGCUGCUGCCUAUGGUUGGCGGGUGGGAGAGGAUGGCGAUUUGA